GCUUUUUUUGGAUGACUCGACAUGAAAGUUAUAUUGUUCGAGGUAACUAUUUCAGAAAAAUGGGUAGCAGUAAAGUAGGAUGGGUUGCAGUUUUAUCUGUUGCAAUUGGCUUCGGAGCACAUGUAGUAAAAUCAGAAUCACCUUCAUUUUGUGAGGACUACAUCAGAUGCAUGGAACAGUUGGAAAUCAAGCAGCAUGAAUGUUUAUCACUUGACAAAAAUGUUCGAUUGAGAAGCUCAGAUUCAUGUAGUCGAUUAAAAUGGGAUAAGAAAUUAGAGUUAAAUGCUUUACAUAUGCGAAGAGCAGAAGUUGCACGCGAUUGUGUUCAGAAAAAUCAUCAAGAUGCUCUUUUGGCAGAGUCCACACUUGACGAGGAUACGAGGAAACAAUGCAUUUCAAUCCAUGACAAAUUCAAAUUUGCCAAGAAUUUUUCAUCGGAAGAAUUGACAUCUACGUCACCUGUCAGUAGAAAGAAAAGGUCUGCAAGAAGGAAUAAGAGAGAAGCUCGGAGAAACUCGAAUUCAAGAGCAACCGAAUGUCGAACAGCUGCAAAAUUAUGGCAUAAGCAGUGUUCAGCAUUAGCCAAAUGUUGUCCAUUAGUUGAGGACUGCAAACAAUCUACUACAGUAAUAAUGGAUCAAAUCUAUGAGGGUCGACACAAACUUCACGAUAUGCACGUCACUAAUUGUAUCUAGAUUCUUACAAUUUUACAAUUUCAAAUUUACUUUAAAUUUUUCUUUCGUUGUUCUCUCAAUUUUCACAUUUCUUUCAUCCUGUUAGCUUAUUGUUUCUUUCGCUAGAAUUUCAGAUAUUCCUUGGAUAUUGUUUUGCGUGCCAAUCACUAAUUCACUUCCUCCCGAUCGCUUCUCUCUUUUGCAGAAAAUUCCAACUCCCCAAAUUAUCAUAUUAACUGUGUAAUUUACUGAUUUCCAAUUUGCAUAAUUAUUCAUAAUGAAGCUAUGUGAUCAAUUCAAA